AUGGCUAGCUUUAUAAAUGAAGUCUUCCACGUAUGGAACUCGCCAAACUCCGAAGACAACAGCUCCUUAGUCUUCACUCCAUCUGUACAAAUAAAGUCAUCCCUGCUGUUUCCUUCUAAUACAUCCACUUCUUCCCCAGAGAAUAACGAGAGAGAGAGAGAGGCAAAGAUGACAACCAGCAUGCAUUAUCAAGUUGAUGAUCAAAUAGCACUCAUUUCUCAGUAUUAUCCAGGCAUAUAUACCCAACUGGUACCAGAACAAGAAAAGGUUCAAUCGAGAAGAAGACGUAAGAAAAGCAAAGGAGACGCCUCUAGCCGUAGUGGAGUGAGAAAGAGGAAGCUGAGACAAGAACAAGUCAAUAUUCUUGAGAAGAACUUUGGAAAUGAACAUAAGUUGGAUUCUGAAAGAAAGGAUAGGAUUGCUUCUGAGCUUGAACUUGAUCCACGCCAAGUGGCCGUUUGGUUUCAGAACAGAAGGGCAAGAUGGAAGAGUAAGAAAAUGGAGGAGGAAUACUCCAAGUUAAAGAAGGAAAAUGAGAGCACUGUUGUAGAGAAAUGCCGGCUUGAAACUGAGGUAUUGAAGCUCAAGGAACAGUUGUCAGAAGCAGAUGGGAAGAUUCAGAGGCUAUUGGAGCGCUGUAAUGGGGUUUCAAGCAACAUUCCUUGUCCAUUAUUCUCAAUGAACGCCAUGGAGCCACCUUUUCUUGGGGAGUUUGGGAUGCAAGGGUUGGAAAAUGUGUUUUACGUGCCAGAGAACAAUUACAUUCAUGGAUUAACGGAGUGGGCACUUACAGACCGAGAACUUGUUUUAACAGGUCAGUGGUUUUGGAACAACAAUUUGUUUGGAUCGAUUCCUGAUCUCAGUCCACUGAAGCAAUUGGCAAUAUUACAUUUGGAAGACAAUCAACUCAGUGGGGGGAUUCCUCAAUCACUAGGAAACGUUGACAGCUUGCGCGAAUUGGCGGUGGUAGAGCUGGCUAUGGUGGUGGUGGUGGGCGCAGUGAUAAUUAUAGAGACGGUGGAGACUCAAGCCCAGAUAGGCAUUGUCACAGUGGAAACCGUUCACACCCAUAUUGAAGUGAGUGCUCGACAGUGAUCAAUUGGAGGUCGGAGCGACCUUGUCUUGCAUUAAAGUUUUCAGAGAGCACUUGUGUAUCUGAUGCAAGUGAACGUGUACGAAAAAGCUGUCAUAAAGUUUCAUUGUUCGUACCAUCGUCGACCCUAUCUAUGUUUCUACGAUGGCCCAAGAACACGCUCAUUCUUCAGCUGUACAGAAAAUUUUGAAUUGUGAGAAAAUCUGGACUUCAUACAAGAGCUGUUGUGGAAUAUCUUUACAGCAGAUUUAAUGGCUUUUAUGGGUACAAUAACAGACAAACAAAUGGAAGGGCAAGUCUUUGAAAAAGUUCCAAACAUUGUGCUUUAUGAUUGUCAUCCGUAAAAGUUCCAAAUUCUUCAAGAAAUAAACAAAUGACAUUGAUUUGAAACCUACAAAUCCUUUGUUAAUACAAUACUAAUAUAAUUAUUGAUCUCCGCUGGUUAAUGAGUUUGGACAAGU